AUGCGUCAACGCUUAUUUGAUGACUCAAAAGAUAAAACAAUGCUAGAAGACAUUCAGGUAAUUGAUGGAUUGUUCAAAGUAGCAACUAAUGAUACAAAGGGAGAAGAUGAAGUUAAAAGAGUAUCACGGACAUUAGGUUUUUCUGAAUUUGAAAGUGUAGUUGACUUCCGUUCAAGAAAUGUUUUAUCUAGUUUCAUGAAAGCAUUAAAUAUACUCCCAACUUCAACAGCUGAUUGUGAACGAGGGUUUUCCGAUAUGAAUUUGACAAUAACUGAUUUAAGGACUAGAUUAAACAUUGAAAAUGUGUCAGAUUUGAUGUUCAUCUCUAUCAAUGGCCCUUCAGUUGCAGAUUUUAAUCCUAGACCUUAUAUUAAAAUUUGGUUAAGAGAUCACCGUUCUGCCGUUUCCACUCCUAGAGGUAAAGAAAGAAAAGAAAUAGACGACGAAAAUAAGAUGCAGAAAUUAUUUUUUAACAAUUUAUUUAAUUAAAUUUUUUAGUAUUUGUAUAUUUUCAUAUUUUAUUGACUUAUAAAGG